CCUGCUUACACACUUGUCCCCACAUAUUUGCAACAAACAACUUGCCAUAUACUCCUUCAGUGCACCAAUGUUUUAAUAUGCACGCAGCAAAGGCUCUUCUUGCCUGUAAAUGAAUUGAGAAAUGAGGCCGAUGAAGAUGAGGAACGGCGAGGAAGAUGGCAGCCGCCAUCGCGUAGAACCACAGAGCUUGGUGGAUGUCGAGUACAUGCUGAACGAAUGGGAGAUCCAUUGCCUGAUACUCGUGAGCUUUGCCCUGCAAGUCUGCCUCUUCUUCUUCGCCGGCGUCAGGCGGCGCAGCUCCUCGCAUGUGCUCGGUGUGCUCAUGUGGCUGGCCUACUUGUCAGCCGACAGCGUGGCCGUAUUUGCCCUGGGCCACCUGGCCGUCCAUGCAGGCGGCCCGAGGCACCGGCUCGUCUUCCUCUGGGCGCCGUUCGUGCUCCUCCACCUGGGUGGGCAGGACACCAUCACGGCCUUCUCCAUGCAAGACAACGAGCUGUGGAGGCGCCACCUGCUGAUCUUCGCCCAGCAGGUGGCAUUGGCCGUCUACGACGUCGCCAAGUCGCCCUGGCCGGACCGCCAUCUCCUCGCCACCGUAAUGCUCAUGUUCGUCUCAGGCUGCGUCAAGUACGCCGAGCGCACCGCCUGCCUGGCCAGGGCCAGACCGGCACGCCUCAUGGCCGACUUCCUCGGUGGCUUCAAAGAUCGGAUCGACUCCAUCAAGGAGAUGCAGAUGAUCGCGAGGGAUGAUGGCCUCGGCUCAUCGCGCUACCUGAGCAGCCGUGCCUUCACUAAGUUCUCGCUGAACCCCGCCAUGGACGUCAUGUCAACGGACAUCCUGCCCAACUACGAUUGGUCCGUCUCACGCGACAUCUUUUCUGACCUCUACUCCAAAAUCAGCCGGCUCCAUCAUUCCGAGCAGAAAGAGUAUUUCCGCAAGGCGUUCAGGUUCGCCGAGGAGAGGCUCUACCUCUGCUACCAGCGCCUCUACACCAAGGCCCUAUUCCGCCUGUCUCCGCUGGGGGCGCUGCUGCAUCUCGUCGCAUUCCUCUCCACCUCCGCCGCCAUGGUGCUCUUCUAUGUCGCCGUGAAGGGGGGACAGGCCAAGCAAACCUACAGCUCGGCCGAUGUCGCCGUGUCCUACGUGCUGCUCGCCGGCGCCGUUACCCUGGAGGUGUCGUCUUUCCUCUUGUCCUUGUUUACCCGCGAAGAUCUCUGGAGCCAUCCGGUGAUCUGCUCCUGCGUCCGGAAUCCUGACAUCCUCAAGUGCCUGUUCUGCAUGACCUGUGGGAAUUGUGCUCUUCUUCUGAGGAGGUGGAGGCCGCCGCAGCACUGGUCGGAAAAGUUGGCGCAGUACAGCGUGAUCGGGCGAUCUGCCCAGAAGGCUUCCGGUGACUCGCUGGUACCCCGAUGCAUCGUCGAGCUGUUGCGAGCCUCAGACAUCGAGCUGGACACGGCAACUACUGAGCGCGUCCCCGUCACCGAUGACCUCAGGCUAUUCGUCAUCAAGAAACUGCUCGACGCCGAUACAAUGCUAACGGACUCAGAUUUCACCGGCUCCCGCGGGGAGCAGGCGCUAAGGAAGUGGAUGGGAAGCCUGGAAGUUCCUGCUGGGACUGGGAUCCUGAGCGAGAGCCUCAGGGAAUUGGAUUUCCCGACCAGCGUACUCGUCUGGCACAUUGCAACCGACGUAUGCUUCUUCAACGCCGCCGCCGCCACUGGUAAUGAGGAGGAGGAGAAGAAGAAGAUCAUUAGCAGGCAGCUAUCAAAUUACAUAAUGUACCUUAUCUUCAAGCGCGGCGUGAUGCGCACCAGCAACUCCCAGUUCCAGGUUCAAAAAGCCCACGACGAAGUCCUCCAUCUUAUCAACGCUGGAAAAGACCAAAAGAAACACCACGGCGAUCAUGAACUGCAGGGGAAGAAAGGCCGUCCGCGCGAGGAGGUGGCCGUGAAACGCUUGCUGAAGUCGGAGCUGAUGGAGAGCAGCCGGCAAGAGCUCGUCAGAGGAGUCGACGACGCGGCACUAUCCAAUCCAAGCGCUAGCGCCAUCGAGGUCCUCAGCGACCAGGUGCUGCCGCGCGCGUUCAAAGUGGCCGCGGCACUUGACGGCAUCCGCGGCCGGCAGGGAGCAGAGCAGGCAGCCAGCCGCUGGGACCUGAUCGCUGCCGUGUGGCUGGAGAUGCUCUACUACGUUGGGCCCCGGUGCGGCGCAGCGUUCCACCGCCAGCACCUCAGCACCGGCGGCGAGCUCAUCACGCACGUCCUCGUCCUCAUGUAUAUCAUAGGGCCCCUCGGCUACCACCCCCGCAUGCUUGCCUUUUAAUCUUUGAACAGGUAAGUAAAUCGCGUGCAUGAUUGUUGCUUGGUGCUAAUCUUGUUACACUAGAGUUUUGCGCGUGCAUGCAUAUGAAUUCGAUCGUGAGUGUCACGUGUUGAGUUAGUGCAUGGACAUGCAACAGUGUGAGCUGGCUAGUUGUCAGGCUUCAUUAGUGGAGAAGAGGUCAGUUAGUGCCGACAUGCAUAUCAGAAAGUGGAGUUAUUAGAACGUGUGCUGGUCUUUCAUCCUUCAUGUUUAUGCGUGCACAGAGAUAGUAGCUACAA